GGAGCCUAGCACCAACCAUGAAAAACAACAAUGCUCUCUAAGCAUGAGGUAUUUGUCACGUGCCACCUCCCAUUUAGUUUGUAGAUAGUAGGAAAUACCCCAUUGGAACGUUGCACGGCCUGGACCACUUCCCUAGCAACGACACCACAGAGCCCCUAGCAACGGCGGAAGGGGUGAGUGAGAGAGGCCAAACAACUAACAAGUAAUACGAAACAGAGGAGGAAAUGCAAUCAACGAACUCGAAUACAAGAUACUCUAUUCUGAUAAUCAUUCAAUUUACCCUCCUCUUAACUGAUCUGUUGAUGAAUUCAUUUUCAGAAUUCCUACGCUAUGACAGUCACUUGUUGUUAAUUUUUUAUGUAAUCCAAGACUUGUGUCUCAUAUUUGCUUUUACAACUUUGCUUUUAUCCUUUUUUUCUACCUACCUUUUUCAGGCUGGAUUGGUGUACUUAAUAUACAACAAAUUUUGUGCUGUAAUUUAUGUCAUGUUGUUGUACCUGGCUCUGACAAUCAUGUACCACAUCUGGAGCUUGAAUAUGAGAUGGAGCAAACCACUGGAUUACACCUGGACAGAUGGAUUGCACACACUGCAUGUUGCUCAGCGGUUUGUUGCUGUUUUGUACUACCAUCUCUAUAAGAGGGCAGUCCUUCGAAUCAGUGAUCCUCGCUUCUAUAAAGACGCUGAUUGGACAAUGUCAAGCAUAGCUAUCAGCUGAAUGAACUAACUGCAAAUUCUCUUGGGUGUUUUGUUUGAGAUUAACUGCUACUAGCCAGAAAGAUCAAAAUAUUUAAAAAAUAAAUACACUGAUAAAUUUUUAAAAAAAUCUUUUUGUCAAUGAAUUUUUACUAAGUGUACAAUUUAGGAACAUAACUUUUAGAAUAAACUUAAGUUUCUUUCAAA